AGGGAGCUACAGCCCUCGCUCGGGGCAGUGGCUGGGUACCUCUGCGGCAUGAGCUAGCAGUCUCAGUGACCUGUGUCCUCUCAGCAGCCUGCCCCACCGCCCUCAGUCAAGGGUCUGCAGGCUCUAGGAGCAACUGGCCAACUCAGCGCAGCUUUCUGAAGGCAACUGCCGCUCCCUUGCCAGUGCCAGUGUCCUGACCCAGCAGCUGCUGCCCUGCCACCUAAUUCCUGCCAGCAUCCCUGCCCCAGAAUCACUGACACAUUCUGGCUUCACAGGCAGAUGACACCAUUGGCCAGGCCACAUCCAGCCCAUGAGCUGCAGGGUGCCAGCUUCUGUCCGAAGCAUUCACAGACUGUCCAGGAAUGUGGCAUGUAGGUGUUCGUCUCUGCGGAGAGAUUGGUCGCAGGCUGGGGAUGAUGAGCCUCCUCAUUUCUAGACAAAGUGGCAGCAUGUUAAGAGGGCAGGAUGGUAGGCAUUUGCCCUGGUGCUGCCCUCUGCAAAGGGGAUUUCAUUCAGUCAUUGUCAUCAGAGUAGUGCCUUCCCUGAGACUGGGCAUCUAACACAGCACGUGGAAAGGAAUCCUUACUCAGGGAGCAUGCUGUUGCACUAUUUAAUUGUAGGCAAAGUUCAGUACAAAGACAGCAACAAGCUUGUGAUUAGAUCUGCCUUUUGGGUGUGUAGUUUUGUGUGAAGCUUAGGUAAUUCCUGGUUAAUUCCAACUGUUAACUGCUUUUGGUUUUCCUGCUGAACAGGUUUGGCUGUUUCUCCCAGAAUAUUAUCAGGUUGCUGAGUAAUUCAGUCCCUCACGCACAGGCUAGUAAACUGAGAGCUCGUGGUUUUAUAGAAGCCCAUUGUCUCAUGAUACCCUCUGUUAUACAGCAGAUUUAUAAGCUUAGUUGUUAACCUGUUUAGGAAUGGGAGGAUUCCACUUUGUUACAGAAACUUGGCAGAGUUCAGUAGGUUAUAAUGGCCCAUCUACCUCCAUCUAUUUGCCUUGCACUCGUUUUCCAAGCUGGUGGCUGUGGAGGCCAGAGAAUGUCAUAAUAGUACAGAAAAGAAUUAAAAUUGCAAUUCAGUGCUAACACUGUUUGAGUUUCUUGUGUAAGCAGAGAGAGGUUGUAAAGUGUUAACAUUUAGGACCUUUGUUCUCCAGCUGCAUAAAUUAAUGGGAGGAGGUAAAUCACUUUAGAAAUGAAGUGAGCCUCAGUAUUUGAAAGAGUUUCACACUGGCUUCAGGAGCAUAUGCUGAGUGAACUGUCCUGAAAAGUGAUGGCUUCCGUGCACCCAGAAAAUGUCCAGGACUCAACUACCAACAGGUCAAGCUUCCCUUGCUCUGCCCUGCUGUGUCUCAGCUCAGCCCUGCAGGGGAUGGCUUGAGGGGGGAAAUGAGUUUCCACAGACACAGGGAGAAGGCUCCCAGUAAGAGGCUAGUUGGUGCUGCUGGUGAUAGGCGCAGGUGAUACAUACCCAAAUCUGCCAAGAGCUGGUCUGAGACCCAGAAGUUUGUUUCACACCAGGCAGAGAACAGCAAUGGGCUGGAAACCAUUUUCAUUCACAGCACAGCUGGAUUAAAUUUGACCCUGAAGCUGAAAAGUGCUAGAGCUUUUAUCAGUCCCUCAAGCUGAUUACUGUCCAAAAUGCUCCUUCCCCUAUCAAUCUUUGGCUGUGAGAGGGAGGGUGAGGUUUGUGGCUUGUCUGGCUUUUAUCCCUGCAUUUGUUAUUCUAGAUUCUCCUUAGUCCACAGGCAUUGAUGAAGCCAUGCUUAGGCUACGAUUAUUAACGUGGGACGUGAAGGACACAUUAAUUCGGCUCCGGCACCCAGUGGGAGAGAGCUACUCUGCUGAAGCCCAAGUUCAUGGAAUCCAGGUGGAGCCAGAGGCUCUUAAUAAGUCUUUCCAUCAGGCCUACAAAGUCCAGAGCGAGCACUUCCCUAACUAUGGCUUGAACAGGGGGCUCAGCUCCAAGCAGUGGUGGGUGGACGUUGUGAAACAAACUUUCAGACUCUCUGGUGUCCACGAAGACACAGUUCUUGCACCUAUUGCAGAAAAGCUCUAUCAAGAUUUCUGCAUUGCAUGCAACUGGGAAGUGUUACCAGGGGCCAAGGAGACUCUGAGGCAGUGCAGCCAGCAAGGCAUCCGCAUGGCUGUCAUUUCCAACUUUGACAAAAGGCUGGAGAAGAUUCUGUCCCAGUGUGACCUCAGGCACCAUUUUGAGUUUGUGUUCACCUCUGAGGAUGCUGGCUUUGCCAAACCUGACCAAAGGAUCUUUCUGAAAGCCCUCCGCAUUUCAGGGGUAGCUCCCCAGCUGGCAGCUCAUGUGGGGGAUGAUUACAUGAAGGAUUACAGGGCAGCCAGAGAAGUGGGCAUGCACAGCUUCCUACUCAAAAGAGCUGGGCAGGCCAACACAUGGGAGUCAGAUGUACCAGAGGAGCAUCUCUUGCCUUCACUACCCCACCUGCUGUCUGUUAUCGAAAAGGGUUAAGAGGGAGCCCCUGACAUCUCAGCAGAGCCCUCCAGUGGGAAAGCAGGUUGCAGACACUCCUGGUAGGAAGAAUAGGGACCAAUGGUGCUGCUACAUGGAGGUGGAAGGCUGUGUGGCUUUAUUUUUCACCAGGUGAAUCAGUUACACUGUAGAUACUGUUUGGUGUCAUUUCCAUGCUGCAAAGAGGCACUUACUAUCACCAUAUACAGCAAAACCCUAGGGACAGGCUUAAAAUAAAAUCCUUAAUUGUGCUCAGU